GAGGCGUGCAGACGAAAUGUUUACAUCAUUUAUGAUUGACAAUACAAUAAAUGUGGUAUCGAUAAAAUUUCUUUUUUUAUCAUAUUGUUAAAAUUUCAACUUCGUUUAUCAAAAAUGACUUCAAAAUCCAAUUCGAGCCUUUCAAAAGAUCUUUCAUUAAUGUUAAAUGAUUCAGAUGAUUAUAAUGUAAUCAUUUAUGUUGGAAAAAAUCCAAAUAUAAAAGAAUUUCGUGCACAUACAAAUAUUCUUAGAGCUCGUUCUCCUUAUUUUAAAGGUGCUCUCUCAAAUUUAUGGAUAAGAAACAGGAAUAAUGAUAAUAUGAUUGAGUUCAAAAAACCAAAUAUUAAUCCUGAUGUUUUCGAAAUUAUACUCGAGUAUAUAUAUACAGGUGAAGUAAAUUUAACCAAAAAAUCAGGAGAAAAUAUUCUUGCAUUAUUAAUUGCAUCUGAUGAAUUACUUCUUGAUGAAUUAUUUGAAUUAGUUCAAGAUUAUUUAAUUAAAAGAUCAAUUUGGGUCGAACAAAAUUUCGUUCUUGUUCUUCAUACAAUCUAUAAACUUUCUAGAUGUAAGAAAUUACAAGACCAUUGUAUUGAAUCUAUUUGUGCAGAUCCACAACUAUUUUUUACUUCAAAAGACUUCCUCUCGUUAGAUAAAGGUAUUCUUUAUUAUUUGCUUAAACGAGAUGAUUUGGCAAUUGAAGAAAUUAUUUUGUGGGAAUAUUUAAUUGAUUGGGGUACUAUGCGAAAUCCUAGUUUGAGACAUAGGAAGAAUCGUAAAACCAAAUGGUCUAAUAUAAAUUUUGAAACAUUAAAGGAAACGUUAAGUAGAUUUAUUCCUCUUAUUCGAUUCUCGGGAAUUAGUUCAGCUGAUUUUUUUGAUAGAGUACGUCCAUUUAAACCCAUUAUUCCUAAUUAUAUUUAUGAAGAAAUUAUGGAAUAUCAUAUGAAAAAUGCUUUACCAAAAACGACCUUUUUACCUCCACGAACUGGUAAUAUUCAAAAAAUUGAAUCAUUUAUUAUCAGGCAAAAACAAUUGAAUAUAAUUAUCAAUUGGAUUGAUAAAAAAAAUUCAGAUUAUAAUCGUAAUAAAGUGGAUGGAUUUUAUAAUUUUAACCUUAUUUAUCGUAAAAGUCGUGAUAAAAAUGACGAAAUUCGAGAUAGAUUUGCUGAUAAAGGACCUGUAUUAAUUUUAAUCAAAGAAUUAUCAGGAAAAAUAUUUGGUGGAUAUAAUCCUAUUGGUUGGUGUAAGAAUAUUCGCAAUAAAUAUUUAUCCACUAAGGAAAGUUUUAUAUUUUCGUUUGAAAAUAAUGAGGAUACUAAAGAGAUGGAAAUUGAAAUUGGUCGUGUAAUUAAUUCAUUAUACGCUAUCUAUGAUUAUUCAAGGAAUGCAGUUAACUUUGGUAAAGGUGAUUUAAAAUUGAAAUAUGAUAAAUUAACCUCAUCUGAUGGUGGUGUUUAUGGACACUUAAAAAAAAAUAAUAAUAGAGAUGAAUAUGAAGUUGAAGAGAUCGAAGCUUUCAGCGUAAGUAUAACACUUUAGUUUUAGGCGCCUAUCUGAUUUUUAUUAGAUUUUAACUAUUUAGUAAUACAAUUAUAUAUUUGAAUUAAGCAAAUGUUUUAUUUAAGUUGUAGAUGUAUAAAGUAUGUAGUGUCUACUAAAUUAAAAUUUUAAUAAAUUCGUCUGCAAACUUGCUUUCA